GCUUCGGAAGGUGCUGUCCAUGCCGUUGGCCUUCAACUUCCUAUCCAGCCACGUGAAGGCCAUUCUCAUGAGAAAUGCCUGCAUGGAAGUGGAUCGGCUGAACGACCGCGGUCUGGGACCCCUGCGUGAGGUGCUUCAGACGCUGCACCUGACCGAGUGGCCCACGGUCAAGAUCGACUUCAACGAUUCGCUCAUCGAGCGCGUGGCCGGCGCCCUGGGCUCGCGGCUCGGCCUGUUCCCGCUCGCUAGGGUCGACGUAGAUCGAGACCCCGACAACCCGUCCAAGUUCAUCAUCACGCUGGACGAGCCAUCGCGCGAGGUGAUCCGGCGUGGCUAUUUUCUGCAUUCUGAACGCGACCUGAUGGAAUACGAGACGGUGACGCGCAAGGCCUUCGACAAGCUACAGAACCCGGCGCUCAGCGACCUGCUCGGUUCGGCCGUGCUGGGCCUAGAGGACGAGAUAUCGCAGGCAAUGGGACCAACGAUGCAGCAGGAGGAGAAGGUGCGGCAGUACGUCAGAGUGUCCGUCGCAGACCUCCCCAGCUGCAGCAAGUUCCACUGGCUGCACUUCCUGAACAACACUAUGGAGAAAGUACAGCCCGUGCACCGCAGCCAAGUGAUCGUCGUGCGCAACAUGCCUUUCAUCAAGAAACUGGCCGGAAUCCUGGAAGGACGCCAAAGGCGCACCAUCGUUAACUACCUGGGCCUGAAGGCGCUGCUGGUGUUCUCGCCGCUGCUGCCUCCGAACAGCGAGGGCGCGGUAGCCAGUCUUCUGGGCCGAGUGCUGACGGGUCGCACGCCGGACCAGCUUCCGCGCUGGCGCCUCUGCCUUCGCGCCGCCGAGGAUGCAAUGCCGUUCGCUUUCCUCGGCAUGUACCACGACGUGUUUGUCAAGGAGCACAACGUUCUGCAGCUGCGCGCUUCACUCAGUAAGAUGAAAGACCUGCUGGCUGCCUCCUUGGAAGACGUCGUCUGGCUCAACUCCAAGGACGCGCCCAGGGCGCUUGACAAGUUGAAGCGCCUCGAUUUCGUCGAGUUCUUCCCCGCCUGGGUGAUGAGUGAGGAGGAGCGAAAUGUGUUCUACGAAUCGGCAAGUAUAUACUUCCAUUAA